UUUUCUAGGUUUUCGUCUACUCUAAUGGUCCAAUUUCAAUUGGGUUUCUUUUACCUUUCUAUAAAAAUCUCUCCUUUUUUGCAGUUUCGGUCAAAUUCGUCUACUUUUCAUUUUUUUUAAUUUUCGAUUACGCUUGAGAAAAAUCCUUAAUUUUUGUUUAAUCAGUUUGGUAUUUGGCUACGGUGUGGCUUUGUUUAUGUUCCUUGCUCGUCCUAGUUUUCUAGAUAUUUCCUAAGAUUCCGAAUAGCAUAAAAGUUGCCUUUUUUUUUGUGUGUGUGUCUGAUUCUUAUUGUUUACUCAUCUAUUGGGAUAAAAACUGCAACUUGGUUCUGUGAAAGUUUUACUCUUUGUAUAAGGGGUUUGCUUUAUGAAGUUUAUAACAGAGGAAUAGGUUAAUAGGUUAAGGGAAUAGGUCAGAUUGCGUUUCGAUUUCGAAGUGGAAAUAUGUUCUGUAACUGAAGCUAGAUGUUUGCUUUUAGGUAUUUAUGAUGAAGCUGAAAACUUUUUUUGUGUUUAUGUUGGAAGUAAUUGUUCCUUUUCUUUCUUCUUAGAUUUUCGUCUCUGUGUUCAUUGCCUUGGAUGUAUGUAUCUUCUUUGUGUGUUGCUGUGGUAGUUUUUGUUCGAGUUCAGGAAAACAAGAUAACUAAAACAUGAACACAAAAACGCAGAAUUCAAUUUCCCUUGCUUGGACAAUGGGUGCAUCAACAUCCAGAAUAGAUGAAGAUAAAGCCUUGCAGCUAUGUCGGGAAAGAAAAAAAUUUGUCCAACAAGCACUUGAUGGAAGAUGUUUGUUAGCUGCUGCUCACGUUUCAUACGUUCAGUCUCUUAAGAGUACCGGAACUGCCCUCAGGAAAUUUGCUGAGACUGAAGUUCCAGUUGAAUCUUCCUUGUACACGUCCACUAGUGCAACACCAGAACAACCUCUUGCCUUAAUCGAGAAAUCAGUUUCUCAUUUGUCAUACUCUCCUCCACCUGCUUCGCAUUCGCAUUCCCAUCAUGACACGUAUUCACCUCCUCCGUCGCCUCCUAGUACCAGUCCGUUCCAGGUUAAUCAUAUGAAAUUCAGAGGGUCUUCUUCAAAAAAAGUGGAAGAGAAACCUCCGGUUUCUAUUGUUGCCACUGUAACCUCAUCGAGUAGUCCACAAACCAGGUCUAUGGAAAAGCUGGAACCAACCCGAUUUGAUGAAUCUUCUACCAUGCCACCUGAAGCACCUUGGGAUUAUUUUGGUCUUUCUCAUCCGAUCGACAACCAGCUUUCUUCUUCUCAUGUUGGGAAUGGUCAUGUGUCGAGAUCCGUGAAGGGAGAAGAUGAAACUCCAGAGGUGGAGGAUGAUGGUGAGAAUUUUUCUUUUCAAGAAAGGGAAGCGUCCAGAGAUUCGGAUGAUGAUGAGUUUGAUGAACCCACAAGUGAUACACUUGUCAGAAGCUUUGAAAACUUCAAUAGAGUGCACCGUGAUCACAGUGCUUUGCCUCAAAGAGAGGGAGUUGAAAGCGAGUUCUCUGACGCUGAGAAAAGUAGAACUCCUGAGUUAUCACCACCAGUGACGCCUUUAACAGCCACUCCAGUGAACAAAACACCACACAAGGGAGAUCACACCGAGAACAAGCUUCCUCCCAGGGACUUCUUGUCAAGCAUGAGAGAGAUAGAGUUGCUCUUUGUUAAAGCUUCAGAGACUGGAAAAGAGGUUCCUAGGAUGCUUGAAGCCAAUAAGUUGCAUUUCCGUCCAAUAGUUCCGUCAAAAGAAAAUGGCUCCGGUGCAUCAUCACUGUUCAAAACCUGUCUCUCUUGUGGGGAAGAUCCCAAAGAUGUACCAGAAGAGCCUGCUCAGAACUCGGUGAAAUACUUGACCUGGCAUAGGACUGACUCUUCACGAUCCUCAUCUUCUCGGAAUCCUCUUGGAGGAAUGAAUUCUGAUGAUGUGGAAGAGCUCAAUAGCAAUAUCUUUGAAAAUAUUUGCAUGAUUGCUGGAAGCCAUGCCUCAACGCUAGACAGACUAUAUGCAUGGGAGCGGAAACUCUAUGAUGAAGUUAAGGGGAGUCAGACUGUGCGGAGAGAGUAUGACGAAAAGUGCAGAAUUUUGAGAGAACUUGAAUCAGAAGGUAAAGGUUCACAAAGAACAGACAAGACACGUGCAGUUGUGAAAGACCUUCACUCCAGAAUCAGAGUGGCGAUUCACAGGAUCGACUCCAUAUCAAGACGGAUUGAAGAACUCCGUGACAAAGAGCUCCAGCCUCAACUUGAGGAACUCAUUGAAGGGUUGAGUCGUAUGUGGGAAGUAAUGUUAGAAUGCCACAAGGUUCAGUUUCAGUUAAUCAAAGCGUGUUACAGAGGCGGAAACAUUAAACUCAACAUGCAGUCGGAGGUGCACAGACAAGUAACAUCUCACCUUGAAGAUGAACUCAGCGCGUUGGCCUCAAGCUUCACCAAGUGGAUCACAGGCCAGAAAUCAUAUAUUAAAGCGAUAAAUGAGUGGCUGGUGAAAUGUGUCGCCUUAACACAAAAAUCCUCCAAACGAAAAAGGCGUGGUGCGCCACAGCUGCAACUGAGAAACUAUGGUCCUCCCAUUUAUGCAACCUGUGACAUCUGGCUAGAAAAACACGAAGAAUUGCCUACCAAAGAGGUUUCGAGCUCCAUUAAAGCACUUGCAUCUGAUGUCGCCAGGUUCUUGCCACGUCAGGAAAAGAGUCGCACCAAGAAACAUCGGUCUGGUGAGAACAAAAACGAUCUGACAGCUCACAUGUUGCCAGAUGAGACAGUGGAGGAUCGAGGUCCGGGAUUUGAUCGGUUUAGGACAAGCUUGGAAGGAUUUGUUGGACAACUCAACCAGUUUGCAGAAUCAUCAGUGAACAUGUAUGAGGAACUUAAGAAAGGAAUCAACGAUGCCAAGAACAACUACGAGCACUUGAAGAAGGCUUAUUCACAAGGAAAAUGAUUUUUUGGUUUCUUGGAGAAAUGGAAUUUUGUCAGGUUAAAAAUUUUGGAGGCAAAUUGGGUUUGGCAUUUGUAAAUGCAAAAGGGAUUAUAUAAAAAGAUUUCUUCAAGCAUAUAUGGAGGAUAAUUGUGACAGAGUUUUGUGCUUUGUGGGCAUAUCAAAAUAAAUAUAGUUUUUA